AUGGAGGAGGACAACACUACCGGAUCUUUGAACCUCCUAUUGGGCCGACCUUUCCUUAGUACUGCUAGCACUAAGAUCGACGUUCGAAGCGGAACUCUUACAAUGGAAUUUGAUGGGGAGAUCAUGAAGUUUAAUGUUUAUGACGCCAUUAGUCAUCCAAGCGAAAUUUUGAGCGUAAAUCAUGUUGACAUGAUCGACUCAUUAGUAGACGAGACUUUUGAGUGGAUUUAUGAAGACAAAUCUGAAUUUUUAUCUAAUGAUUAUGAAUUUUUCAAUGCGUUAUUAUCUCCAUCAGACACUAAACUUUUACCUUCUGUUGUGCAGGCCCCAGAGUUGGAACUGAAACCGCUUCCUGAAUAUAUUAAGUAUGCAUUUUUUGGAAUAGGUAAUACCUUACCCAUUAUAAUUUCAAAUAAACUCUCUAAACCCGAAGAAGAAAGUUUGAUCCAGGUACUAAAAAGACAUAAGGAGGCGAUUGACUGGAUCAUUGCUGACUUAACAGGGAUAAGCCCUAUGACAUGUAUCCACAAGAUUUACUUGGAGGAGAACACGAAACCAAGGAGAGAGGCACAAAGAUGUUUAAUCCCGAAUAUGAUGGAAGUGCUAAAAAAGGAAAUAAUUAAGUUGCUGGAUGUUGACAUUAUCUUCCCCAUUUCUGACAGCAGAUGGGUAAGUCCGGUACAAGUCGUGCCCAAGAAAACGAGCAUGACAAUAAAGAAAAAUGCUGAGAGGGACUUAGUACCGGUCCGAGUGCAAAACGGGUGGCGUGUCUGCAUUGAUUACAAGAAGUUUCUUCCAAAUCCUUGUUGCACCAGAAGACCAGGAAAAGACCACUUUUACAUGCCAUUUUGGCACAUUUGCGUACAGGAAGAUGUUAUUUGGACUUUGCAACGCACCAGCUACCUUCCAGAGAUGCAUGAUGACCCACAAUGCAAGGAGGCUUUUGAUACACUCAAGCAAAAGUUGGUAACUGCUCCUAUAGUACAAGCACCAGAUUGGAACUACCCCUUUGAAAUUAUGUACGAUGCAAGCGAACGUAGCGUGGGAGCCGUGUUGGGACAAAAGAUAGCCAAAGAGCCUCAUGUCAUCUGCUAUGCCUCGAAAACCUUAGACGCUGCACAAAGCAACUAUACCACUAUAGAAAAAGAACUUUUAGCUAUUGUAUUUGAUUUAGAUAAAUUUCGAUCAUAUUUACUGGGAUCUAAGGUGAUUAUUUUUUCUGAUCAUACAACUCUUAAGUACUUGAUCGCAAAGAAGGAGGCGAAACCGAUGCUCAUUAGAUGGAUUCUACUGCUCCAAGAAUUUGACAUCGAGAUUUGUGAUAAGAAGGGGUGUGAAAACCUGGUAGCUGACCACUUGAGUAGGAUAAAAACUCCAUUUGAUGAUGUUCCUAUCAAGGAUGAGUUCCCUGAUGAAGGCUUAUUUUCGACCGAGGCUCACUAUCCAUGGUAUGCAGAUAUAGUUAACCUUUUAACCAUAGGUUCGUUACCCACUGAGUUAGCACAUUCCGUGAAGGACAAGCUUAGACGAGAAGCUCGAUAUUACAUUUGGGACGACCCAUACUUGUGGAAACACUUUUCAAAUCAGAUAAUAAGACGAUGUGUUCCAGAAACCGAGGUAACCUCUAUCCUUACUUUUUGUCAUACAGAAGCUUGUGGAGGUCACUUUAGCCCUAAACGGACAGCUCACAAAGUAUAG